AUGGAUUCUUCUAAGGUUCCUGUUAAGUUGGCUAAGGUCAUCAAAGUUUUAGGUCGCACCGGCUCUCGUGGUGGAGUUACUCAAGUCCGUGUUGAAUUUAUGGAUGACACCUCUCGUUCCAUCAUCCGUAACGUCAAGGGACCUGUCCGUGAGGAUGACAUCUUGGUUCUUCUUGAAUCUGAGCGUGAAGCUAGAAGAUUGCGCUAA